CAAUGUUCCUCCGUUUGAAAUUGAAAGCAGAAAAGGCUGCUGCUCGCUUUCGGUUCCUUCCAUUGCAAUCCCCCUUCUCUUCCACAUCAAGCAUCCUUUUUGCUGAUUCAGCUGAUGAAGAAGAAGCAAGGAAUAAAAAAACCACCCUUGAAAUUCCUCUCUCUUCUCUACUGAAGAAGAAGAAGAGGCGAGAACAUCGGCUCUUCUGUAUCUAAAAAACCCAUCUUUGCUUCUUCUACUGUUCAGGCAUGAGAUAGUCACAUCCCCCAAAACAAGGAAAAAUGGCCUUUUUCGUUAGGUUCUGUUGCGGAAAUGAUUCCAAUCGGAAGGAGAAAGGGGGGAAGAAGGGGACGACUUGGAGGAUAUUCUCUUUGAAGGAAUUGCAUGCAGCUACUAACAACUUCAACUAUGACAACAAGCUUGGAGAAGGCGGAUUCGGCAGUGUCUAUUGGGGCCAGCUCUGGGACGGAUCUCAAAUUGCUGUUAAAAGGCUGAAGGUCUGGAGCAACAAAGCUGAAAUGGAGUUCGCUGUUGAGGUUGAGAUACUGGGGAGAGUCAGACACAAGAAUCUACUGAGUUUACGUGGAUACUGUGCAGAAGGGCAAGAGCGUCUUAUAGUGUAUGACUAUAUGCCAAAUUUGAGCUUGCUCUCACAUCUUCACGGGCAACAUUCAUCAGAAUGCCUUCUGGAUUGGGGCAGGCGAAUGAAUAUUGCAAUCGGAUCCGCUGAGGGUAUUACUUAUCUUCACCAUCAUGCAACUCCUCAUAUAAUCCACAGAGAUGUCAAAGCGAGCAACGUAUUGCUAGAUUCAGAUUUCCAGGCGCAGGUUGCUGAUUUUGGAUUUGCAAAGCUCAUCCCAGAUGGUGCAACACAUGUGACGACGAGGGUGAAAGGUACCCUCGGCUACCUCGCCCCUGAAUAUGCCAUGUUUGGGAAAGCAUCUGAGAGCUGUGACGUCUACAGCUUUGGGAUCCUGCUGCUAGAGCUUGCUAGUGGCAAGAAACCCAUAGAGAAACUCAGUGCAACGGUGAAGCGCACCGUCAUUGACUGGGCACUGCCAUUGGCCCGUGAGCGGAAGUUUGUUGAAGUGGCGGACCCAAAGCUGGAUGGAAAGUACAUUGAGGAAGAGCUGAAGAGGGUGGUGCUUGUGGCACUCAUAUGUGCUCAGAGUAGGCCCGAGAAGAGGCCCACCAUGCUGGAGGUGGUGGACUUGCUUAAGGGGGAAUCUAAAGAGAAUUUAUUGAAUCUAGAAAAUGAUGAACUUUUCCAGGUGGAUGUGGCAACAAAUUUUCAAGGUUUAUCAGGUGCAGAUGACAGCUCAGAGUUUAUAUCAGAGGAGAAAGAUGUGAAGGAAUCGAAACAAUUGGCCACUUCUGUAGCUGAGGCAACUCAGGGCAGUUAAAGACUGUGGUGGCAGAUAAAUGGAUGUAUAGCUUGAAUUCUCGCUUGGGUUUUCAGUUUUACAAGUAGGGCCCAUUUUUCUGUGAUCCGAACUGUUGAUUCAAUGUGCCCCACCAGGGCUGGUCCAUGCAGAAAAAUCCACCAGAUUGGUAGUUCCCUAGCAUUCAAAUGUUUGGCCUUUUCUUUCUUUUUUUGGUUGGACAUGGACAAAGCUGUAUUUUCUUUCUUACUGUCUAUUUGCUAGAUGCCGCUGCUUUGGAUACUUUUGGUGCAUGAGACCCUCUGGACAUAUCGAAAACCUGAGCAUACCAUGGUUCUCACCAGUCUUGAUUGUUGAAUACAUCGUAUUCGAUAAAGCUUCUCGACAGAUGAAGAUAGUGAUUGACACUUUUCUUUUAUAUGUGUUUUACCAAAAUCAUUGCAACAGGUUGGUUGUCUAUGUUUGAAAACGUGGUUUGAAGGUGAAAUAUGAUUGAUGUGUGGUUUUUGUGUUGUAUCUGUCUUUUUGAGUGUGUUAUUUUUGGAGACCUCUUUUGUAAUUGGAUGUGGUCCUGAAUGGUGCUUGUUUUAUUGGUAGUAGAAUUUAUAUUUUUAUUUAAACAAGAAGACGUUUCUGUUGCUGUGAUUGCAUA